AUUUACUGCUCUCAGAUAGGUUGGUUGGAACCUUUCUCCGCCUCCUCCUACCUUUGCAUCCCUCCCCAGUUAGAAAAUAGAGCACUUCCUGGCGUAGCACGAGAGAGAGCGUGCAGGCGCUAGCGGGAGAGAGAGCGCGGGAGGAGAGGGUAAAGGAUGAGGGUUAAAAGGAGGAGGGAAUGAGGCAAAGCCGACAGAAGAAGGCAGAGGUUAGCAGGAAAAGGUGUUCUUGAGUGGCGCUAGCAGUUAGGCGGGGAGAGGGGGCUGGCAGGUGCAGAGCGGUGCCUGGGAGCCGCUAAUUCUCUUUUUCCCAGCCUGUUACGCUCCAUCCCAUAGAUUCCAAACAGGUUUCGGCUCUUCUUCGUAAGAUCUUGCAUAUUUUAAACAGAGGUUCCUGGUGAGGGGGUGAGUUGGAUGUUUCCUUUGGAGGGGCUUCUUUCAAAGCCCCCUGAAUCUUUAUUUUUGGAACAAUGAUCAAAGUCUUUCUUCCCCUCAUCCUCCAAUUUCACCUAUAAGUGUGGCUUGAAAUUACUUAAGAGAUUUAUCCUCCUUCUUUCUCCCUGCCCACUGCAAUAGUGGUGUUAGUGCGUAAGCCAAUAUAAAAUUGGGAUCAAGGCUAAAUCUCUUUAAGCCUCAAGGGCUGGGCUAAGCAGCUGAAGUAUGCUGGAAUUAAAUUCUAGGCUAGUCCUUUAAUAUUAUAUUAUAUAUAUAUAAAGUGCUCUUAGUGGAUAGUAUAUGACCUGUAUCCCAUGUAACUGUUUUCCAGAUAGUGGUUCCAUUUUCUUUCUCUUUCCCUGCUGCCCCAUUCAGCAUCACCUGAUCAGUUGAAACUUCAUCAUCUGCCCUAUUUUUAAAAGAAGUUCUUUUUUUGUCCCCUUGAUUCUUAAACUCAGGAUAGCAAUCUAUUUAAAAACGUUCCUGAUUCUCAGCCUUCAGCGUGAAUAGGGCAUCAUUUUUUUAUGAGUCAGAUGGUUUAAUGGGUGGCUUAUAGACCCAAGUCAGUGUUUAAACUCUUUGCCUGAAGUUGAAAGUACUUUGCUAAAAACAAUUAUAUUGGGCUCUGCAUCUGGAGAAGCACCUGUUUGAAAGUAAUGCAGGAUUUUUCAAACCUACUUUAGAUUGUAUCUCUUUUUUCCUUCCUUAUUAACCUUUGCUUGCUACCAGGGCUUCAUUUCUUGUUUUGCAAUUCAAGUUGUUUAGACUAGGCUGUGUUCAUUCCUGGGGAAUUUUGAUAUGGCCCUGCCUAGAAUUCUCUUGUGAAAAAAUACAGAGGCAGGGUGGAAAAGGGGGUGUUUUCCCCCUUGAAAGCUGUUAAAUUUUACUGACAUAGAGGACCAUGUUCAAAGUAAAAAGAGAAGACUCAAGGAAAUGGCUGAGCUGAAAGUGUGGAGGAAAUUUCUUGCCUAAUCACUAUGCCAGUCAUUUUGUAGAUUAAAGAAUUUGUGAGAAUGAACAGAUUUUAGGUUCAGCUGUUCAGGUUCAGCAUAAGGAGGAAGAGACUGAGGUGAAAGGUUUAGGUCAGUGUGUUGAAACCAGGUGUCUGACAGGCUUUCUGGAAGGUGUAAACCAAACCGCAAAACUGGGGCUCCGUGGUGAGAUGAGUGUACUUUUGGGGGCAUGUGGUGAAACCCUCCUCCAUGGAGAAUUUGGAGUCUAUCCCUCCAAGGGCACACGCUAUGCCCUCAGCCUCACACGGACAGAACUGCAUAUCCAACGCCUGGUACCCAAACCAGACACAGAUCACCGGACUGUGGUGCGGCUAAUUGAUGUGGUGGGGUGCUGCACAUUGCGCAGUCCAACAACUACAAACCAGUCAGCUUUCUUCUGUGUCUACGCUUACCCCUUAAAGAAGAGGAAGGUGGCAGUGGGCUCAGGGCGAGCCCGGCAGCGGACUGCAAAGACCUUUCAGGUUGAUAGUGCAGAAUGUUACAAGGACAACCUCCAAGUGGCAGAGAAAUGGGCAGCUGCAAUCAAGUGCCUGGUGCUGGGGAUUCCCAUUUCAAGCGAAACUGAGAUCAGCCGCAGCCUCCUGCCGCGCCCCCGCCGCCUGCUCCUCCUGCUGAACCCUUUCGGAGGCAAGGGAAAUGCUCUGCAGUGGUGCCAGAGUCACGUCCUCCCCAUGAUCACAGAGGCCGACAUCAGCUUCAACUUGAUCCAGACAGAGAGACAGAACCAUGCCCGGGAACUGGUCCAGAGCAUCAACUUAGCCGAGUGGGAUGGCAUUGUGGCGAUUUCCGGCGAUGGCCUGCUUUACGAGGUUAUUAAUGGUUUGAUGGAACGACCAGACUGGGAAGAAGCAAUAAAAAUGCCUCUUGGCAUCCUCCCCUGCGGGUCUGGAAAUGCAGUAGCGGCAGCUGUUAAUUUCAGUGCCGGGUUUGAGCAGGUCUUGGGCCAGGAGCUGCUGACCAACUGCACCCUUCUGCUCUGCCACGGGGCGGUGACCCCCUUGGACCUGGUGGCCGUCACCACUUUGUCGGGCUCCCGCUCCUUCUCCUUCUUGAGCGUGGCCUGGGGCUUCAUCUCCGACGUGGACAUCGAGAGCGAGAAGUACCGCCACAUGGGCUCAGCCCGGUUCACCUUGGGCACGCUGGUCCGCCUGGCCUCCCUGAACACUUACCGGGGGCGGCUCUCCUACCUCCCUGCCCUGGACUGCGCAGCCCACCGGCCCAUCUUCCGCAGCAUUACCAUGGCUGCCAACGGGAGCCUCCCCUUCCAGCACUUGCCUCUUCACCGCACGGUCUCUGACAUGGGGCUCUGCGAAGAACGCCACACUUUCCGCUUCCGAGAUGCGGAGCUCGCUGAGGAGCCGGCCCCCUCGCCCAGCUCCCCACCCUCCUCCUCUUGCUUCCACUCUUCCAGCUUCAGCUUUGAGAACCUGUCGGAGGAGCCGUUGGCUGACAGCAAGGGGCCCCGGGAGGCGAAUCCGGCGGUGGCCGCGCCUGCCGUCUCGCCUUCUGCCAGGCAAAUGCACGGCCCUGCGGAUCGUUUCCUGGCCCCGCUGGACCAGCCGGUGCCCAAGUCGUGGGUGACUCUGGAGGACGAUUUUGUGUUGGUGCUGGCCGUCUACCAGACUCACCUGGGUGCUGACUUGCACGUAGCCCCCUUCGCUUGCUUCAACGACGGCCUUAUCCACCUCUCCUACGUCAAGGCGGGCAUCUCCCGAGCAGCCCUGAUCCGCCUCUUCCUGGCCAUGGAGAAAGGCACUCACUUCGAGCAGGAGUGCCCCCACCUGACCCACAUCCCUGUCCGGGCCUUCCGGAUUGAGCCCCUCACUCGCAAGGGCAUCAUCACCAUUGAUGGGGAGAGGGUGGAAUAUGGCCCUGUCCAGGGGCAAGUCCAUCCCCGCCUUGCCAACCUCUUCACUGGGAUCAGCCAGGCGAAGGUUACAACGUUCUGAUCCAGGACCUGGCCACCUCCCUCGCACGGUCACGUCGUGGUUCUGGCCUAACUCGCAUUCCCUCCUACCACGUCUUCGUAAGAGGGGACUGGAAGCCAUGUUUUCUGACCUGUUUGCCCUUUGGUGGCUGAGAGGGCUUUGCUGCUUGACAUCACCCUCUGCCUCUUCAGGCCACUGUAUGCACCAUCUACCUUCCUUCAAGAGCCUGGGGGUGGGCCACAGGUCCUGGCCACCUUUUCCUCUUACCGCCCUCUGCUGCUAAUUGAGGUGUGUAUGAAGUCUGAAUAGACUUCUCCCAGCCUGGCGGCCUCUAGAUGUGUUGGACUGCCACUCCCGUCCUUCCCGGCCAAUGUGGGCUUGUGGAGGAUGCCAUGUUUUCCAGCUGGAGCUAUCGGAACCAAUCCUGGUCAUCUCAGGGCUGAGGAGAGGUGAUGGUGCUGUGGGCCAGAGAAGUCCGUGGGGGAAAUAACGGUUCUGAAGGGGGCACGUCUGAGCAGCACUAAAAUUUCCUUAGCUUUUAGUCCUGGGGACCAAGCAACAUUGCCCAGUUGGAUCAUCCCUCCAUUCUUACCCCCUGUUCUUGAAUUGGAACUUGACUUAGUCAUACUUACAGCAGACCUACUGAAAUCAAAACGUGACCAAGUCCGGAAGCUACCUCUUGAGUUCUAGAGUGUUCUCCCCACCGUCCAGAUUGCACCGUGCACCCCUUUCAUGUUGAAUGGGAUCUCUGUGACCCCUUUCUCCAGAUGCCCAGUCUUGGAUCCCGCAUGAAGUUAGAGCCGCACGAAGCCUCUGGUGGUGGCAUGCCAUUCCACUGUUUGCCCACAAGGGAUCUGUGUGGGUGUUUUCUCCAGUGUGGUGGUGCCCUCUAGAUGUUUUGUAUGACAAUGGCCAGUAUUCCUGACCAUUGGCCAUAUUAGGUAGGGCUGCUGGGAGUUGUAGUCUAAAGUAUCUAGAAGACCCCAGGCUGGGGAAAGUUGAUGUGCAUGUAUGCAUUGGAUAAGGAACUUUUGAUCCUCCAGAUGUUGUUGAACUGGAGCCGCAUCAGCCCUGGCCGUGCACACUGGGGCUGGCUGGUAUUGGAGUCCACCUCUCUCAUGUGAGUAGUGGAAGGACAAAGCUCUCUGAAGCCAUGAACCCACGAGGUAGCUUGCAAAACGCCACCACAUGCCUCCUCCUCGAACCGUUCAUGUAACUGGUGCCAGUUGAUUUGCCUUCCCUCUCGGUUUAUGGGGAAGCAGGAGCCACCCCUGCCGUUAUGUUUGGAGCUGUCUCCUGCCAUCCCUCCUGCAGGGGUGACCAAGGAUGUAUAAGGGAAGGGAAGGACCAUUUUCAUUCUCUGCCUGACUGUCUCCCUUCUGUGCAGCUGGCUGUGGCUCAUUUCUAGCCAGUUGGGGGCGUAAUAGAAGGGGAUGGGGUCAACCCAACCCCCCAGAGCAUGCCUGUGAUCCCCAGUCUGGCUUGUUCUUGGAAUACACUGAAUGAAUGCAAUUAGGUUUCCCUUGUGGGAGGUGCAUUAAUUUUUAUAGGGCAGUUACCUUUCUUUCCUCCUCCCCACCAUGUGGGGCUUAACAAGCAAUUAAAACCAUCUAAUAUUGUAAUAGAUACGUGUCUGUAGAUGAAAUGAUGUCCACUACCCAUGUGUUGUUUGUUGCUCUUUUACCAGAUGUCAGCCCCAGAGAUCAGUCUGGUAAACUUCCUUUCCUGGCAGCAAGCUCUCCCCCAGAAAGGCCAGUAAAGGAGCAGUGAAGGCCAGAAGAAUCAGGUGUUGGCAGCUAGAUCGGCAAAUGGGCCAGUCUGGAGCGGUCCUAAUCAUGAUGGUUGUACCAGUUUGCUGGAAGUCCCAGACUGGUCCACUGUUGCCACUGCCCUGCAGUUUCAAAGAGAAAAUUAAAAAUGGUUUUGCUGGGUUAGACCAAAGGCCCACAUGCUCCUGGUUAACAGCAGUCCGCCAGCUACCUCUGAAGAACACGCUUCUCCUGCCUGGUGCCUCCAGGUGUUUUGGGCCACGGACAGCUGUGCUGUCUGUAACUGAUGGGAUUUGUAGUCCAGAUAUACAGAGGCACUGCUCUGGAGAAUGGGGAAAGGCCCCUUGUUGACUAGAGCAGCCUUCUCCAGGCUGCAGCCCUCCUGAUACUUUGGACAGCCUCUCCCAGAAUUCCUGGCAUGUGACCGUGCAGGCUGGAAUUCUGGGAGUUGCAGUCUGACCUGUUGGGAGAGCCACCAGGAUGGGGAAGGUUGCACCAGAAUGUAGAAAGGCCUGGUGGUUCAAUCUGUGGGCUGUGGAUUGCUGACCCCACUAUACAUGGCCCAUGGUGAGGGUUUAAUGAAAGUGAGCGCUCUUUAACCUGCUGAUUCGGAUUUCACUAAAAUGCCCAGAGAGGCAGCAGGACUUCGCUACCAAUGCAGCCCAAAGGAGCGGCUUCCCCAUGUCACAAAACGUCCAUGGACUCUUGCUGUUUUUUAUGAGCGCAGUCAUGCUGUGAAUAACGUGCUUGUGGAAGCCAUUCUGACUGCUCCCUCAUGACUUUUACUUUAAGAAGGAACUUCCAGUGACAGCCUUCCCCAGCAUAAUCCUCUCUAGCUAUGUUGUACUACCAUUCACCUCAUCCCCACCCAGUCUGGCCAAUGAUCAAUAAUCCUGGGAGGUGUAGCGCUAUGUAACUGGAAGGCACCAGGCUUGGGGUGGGUACUUCAUAGUGUUUUGGUGAAGUGUACGGAGGAAGAAACAUAGCUGGACUUUUUGUGUUUGAAAAGGCAGCUGCAGCAGCACCAAGACCUUCACCUCCGCACGAUGCUCAUGCAAACACAAGUGGGCACUUUGCCUGCAGAGCUGGCUUUGUCCUGUCUCCCUCCUUCCUGUCCGCCACCGGCCAGCUCAAGCUAGAGGAUCUGGCAAACUCCAAAUAACCCAAUAUAGUUGGUCGCUCCAGCCUGGCUUGUCGGGGUGGAGGACAGAAGAGGAGGAAAGGAUAACAGAGCAGGGGGUGAAAGCACGGACUCCAGUCCUUAGAGGUGGGGUUGAAGCAGGGAGUUUAUGCCUAGGCAAUAAAGGUGCAACUCGUAAUAGCCAGGCUGAGCUCAGCCAGUGUGGUGAUUCUGCAGGGAACACUGGUAGGGUGGAUUUGCUCCUGGUCCAGGAUUGCAAGCAUGGAGGUCACCAAGGGGACAGCAGUCCUGAACACAUGAUUCAUGAGUCUCGGUCUCCCCGGCGGUUUACAAGUCAGGACAUACUUCCCCUAGCCUCCCUCACACUUUAUCUUUCCCCUCCUCCCCAGCCAGUUUGGCAACGAUAUUUGUGGCUUACCUCUGGAGCAGCGUGUUAGGAAGUAUCUGUGCUCUAUUUUGCUGCGUGCUGCCUGGAACUGGUGGCUUUGAUGCCAGCUGUGCUGCAGGAGGCAUUGUUUUCGGAUGUCGCUGGGGGUGCCCUGGCAACUCUGAUCCCUGGUCCUAGGAGAGCAGCAGCAGCCCUUCCUUCGCAGCAGACUGGAGGGCAACAGAAGAGCCUGUGAGCACCAGUGUUUGCCCCAGAGUUUGGGCAGGGGAGACCUGGGGCAGCACGCCCUGAGCGGGUCGGCUUCCUUGCACCACGGCUGCCAUUGUCUGGGAGGAGAGGAUUCUGUUCCUUCUUGUUCCUAACGUCGUUUGCAUCCUUGGAGAAGGACCAGAGAUCAAGCUACAACAGGGAGCAGCACUGGGCCCUCUCAUGGGACGUGGGCCAUGACAGCUGCCCAACAAGGCCAACCCUUUGCUCCAAUCCUGGACACCACUGCCUGAUCAAUUAGCCUGCACACGUGUGGCAAAAUAGCACUGCAUUUCCCCACCUGAUGCUGGAUUGUUCGUGCUCCUCCAGGCAUCCCAUCCAGAACAUUCUUGCAGCAACCGCAUGGAAGGCUAGCAUGGGUUAAAUGUUUUUCCAGGAUCAGGACUUGGGCUCCAAAAUCCUUGGAACCAUAUGAAAUGUUGAUGUCAUUUUCUUAGAGACCUUCAAGUACCAUGAUCAAAUAAUGCCAUCCGAAGAAAUACUGGGUGUUCCCUCUCAGAAUAGUAAUGCACACAGCUUAGUAUUUAUAUAUGCAUGGGUGAGGGGAAUAAUUAUGUGGAUUAUGCACACACAAACAAUUAUUGAGCUGCUUGUUGCUCUUAAUUUAUUCUGGAUCCUGUAGAAUUGCUGCUUUAAUAUUUUUUAAAAAUGCAUAUGUAGAUCUGCUUCAGCACUGAAAACUUGCUGACUUACUAAAGAAUGUUGUAGAGGCUUGAAAGGUGGGAAAAUCAAUCUCUCUCUCUCUCUCUCUCUCUCCCCGCCCCUGCCCCCCCCCACCUCCAGUUGCCUUAUAGCUGCCUCCCACCUCAGCCUCCUCAUCUGCACUUUUGGUCAUCUUUCUGGCUGCUAGGGAAACUUAGCUCAGAGACCAAACAGGCAAGGCCUCGUGUCAUAAUCUGGGAUCUGCUGCACAUUUUUGUUUGUUCCACAUUCCAAAUCUUUUAUUUCAAAAAAGGAAAGAUUAGCCUAAAGCUAAGGAUUCUCCCUGCCCCGCUCCAACCCUGCUGGGCCACAUUCCCUUUUGAGUCCUGGCUUGUGGGUUGAGCUGAAAGUGGAGCCUUUCUGUCACCGCCCACACCCUGCCUGUCUUACCCACUUUCCCUUUCUCCCCACCAAGUGCGGGGUGGAUGGCUUGCUUUCGCUAAGAUCUAAGCUAAUUGCUUGCAGAGGGCUUUUGCAAUCAGCUUGACAGCGGCAUGUCGCCCACUCCUGGGUGAGCACCUUAUGCGACGUGCAGAGGCAGAUGUUGGGAAAUGGGGAAAAAUCCAGAGUGGUUGAGGGGAUUUUGAAAAAAAACUGCAACUCCUGUUUAGGUGAAAGAAGAGACGAAAUGGUCUGACGCUUUUUACACACCUGAAGCAGGUUGGAUUCAGUCAUGGCUUCCGACCAAGAAACCUGAUAAAGGAAGGUCGGCCUCUAACAAAAGAGCCAGUGUGGUGUUGUGAGUGGAGUGGGAAAGAGGUGAUAUGCAGUGGAGAGAGCCUAGUUCAAAUUCACACUCCAUCACAUCAUUAACUUGGGGUCCCUUAAUUAGUCUCUUGUGCUUUCAAACUCCCUCACUUCAUAAGUGGGGGGGGGGAGCACUUAUAUACCGCUCUAAUAUUCUUGACAGAACGGAAGAGGGGGGCAAUUUUCAGUCAACUUCCUCCCUUCAAUCUUCCCAUUUUUCAACAUUGUUUUGAGAUUUCCUCCUUGCACACGCACACUCUCUCUUCUAAAUUGUUACUGGGGUGGCAAUCCUGUGCAAGUUUAAACAGAAAACAGACCCACAGCUCCCAGCAUCCCCCCGCAGCCUUGGGCCAUCCUGGGAGCUGAACUGCCCCCGCUACAUUAUGUUUACACAGUAGAGCUUUCGGUGCAACGUGCUGGGCUGCUGCUUGUGUUUUGGCUACACCCUGUUUGUGCUUGGCUCCUGUCUCCAAAUGUGGACCCUGAGAGCUUUGCUUAAACAAAAACGGGCCCUUAAUCCUGGAGAAAGUGCAACACCCCUAGUUUCAGGCUGUUGCUUUCCAGCUGGGCCUGAAGGCAUGUGGUGAAGCAAUGGCAUUGGGCAAUGCGGGCCUGGAUGUAUCUGGCUGUGACAGCCUGGGAAUGAGGCUGUGAGUUCUUUGGAGGAAAGGUGAGGCUGAAAUGAAACCAUUACUUGUGUGUGUGUGUGUGUGUGUGUCAAGCUUUUAAAAUGAUUAAGAGGCCUUGCAGCAGCCAUCCAGGCGGUGGUGGGAGUUCUGCUGCUCUUUAUUGCAAAGCCUGAUGGGGAUUGUAGUUUCUGGGGCUAGCGUGUGCUUUUGGAAAUGGCCUGAGCUGCUUCAAACAGUUUCAGAGGAGAACUUCUAGGCCACCCUUGCAUUUCUUCCCUUUGAAAAACAACAGUGCUAAAACAAUGGCACGCAGGCCUAGCUCCACAUGCGAAGGGUUGUUUCCCUUUGGUCUGUGUGACUCAGAAUGCCCACUCGCUCCAGAGUUUGGGCUUUUUUUUAAAAUAGCAGAAACGCAUAAGGAAUCGGAUGCGACACAGGCAAGAAUGUGCAGUCUUGCUCAGUGGAGGCAGUGGUGAUGAAGGAAUUCUGCCAGAUUUGGGGCCUGUUUAGUAUUUCUCUGUGGACCUUUUCCAGGCAGCCUGCUUGGGGUGAGGCUCUGGAGUGCCACGGCUUCCACCCUCCAAGGCCUUUGCGGGGCUUUUCGGCAGUAACAUCACUCACAUCCACACCAGUCUGGAUGCCACCGUAGCAGUGCAGGGGCUGGAGUCAGUGCACCGUCUAGCCAAGUGCUCCCUGGAUUUUUUCCUGCUGGCGCGGUCCGAGGACAGACAACCCACUUAAUGAAUUGAGACUGAGCACUUCCUGCUUGGAUCCUGUAUCUGGAUAUCAGCCUGGGCGGGACUUACAGACCUUGGAGGUGGUUGACCCGAGGAAUGGCGCGGCCCGUACUGCUUCAAGGCCACUCUUUAUGUGCCCAAGCUUAGAUCCUGUGCUUUCUAUUAAUCUGCUGCACAAUGGCACCAUCUAAGGGCUGGUGGGGCCAGGUGGUGACUUUUGGGACCUCAUUAUGUGAAGGUUUGUCUUCACCCAUAUCAAUUACUGUGCAAUGUGUUUCCCAUUGGCCUUCAAGAGGCCGUCUAUUCUUUCAGGAGACCUUAAAGACCCACUUAUUCUCCAUGGUUUUUCUAUGGGAGAAGUUUUGUUUAACUGGAUGUUUUUAUGUGUUUUUUUAUUGGUUUUAGUAUUUUUCUGGGAUGGUGUGUUCAAUUUCUGUGUUUUAGCCCUUGUUAUUGUUUUGCUGUCUUGACAUUUUGCAGCGGAUUGGGAGGAUUUUCACAGUUAAAGGUGUCAUAUAAAAUCUUCUUAUAAAUAAAUCCAAACCACGCUGCUACAAAAAUGUGCAGACGACACCGAAGGAAGGAGCCCUCUACCAUGGUCCAGGGCAUUGUUUCUGAGCCUCUGCUGCCCUCCCUCCAUGUCUUAAUAAUACCCCUAUUUUUCUCAGCCUCUUUUACCCAAGUCCAAACAUCGUUCUGUAAACGUGUGGGUAUUUUGAGUAACAGCAUCAGUAUUUAGUCCAGUGCACAGAACUGGGUUUUCUGAUCUGGCUCGGAACACUUUCAGCCUUGCCUGUGUGAGCUUCUCUGCCCUGGCAUCAUCCCUUGGUCCCUCAUCACACUUGGUGCCCUGCCCAUUCUGGGCGCCUUCUGCUUUCUCAUCUCUUUGCCAAGUCUCAUAUUCCAUGGGGGACUGCGCCUGAAGGUCUGGGACUCUCUUCCUCACCCCGUACGACUGGAGAAACACAGGCUUUAUCUGGGAUGUUUAUGUGUCUGUCUGGAGUGUCGUAUUGGUUCACUGUUUUGUCUGCAACUGCCUUUCACAUGUUGCCUGUCCAUGAUAUAGUAUUUAAAAUAACCCCUUCUAAAAACUCAGAAACAAAACCAAACCCAGCCCUAUGCAAUAAAAGCAAUAGCAUGGAA